CCCACAUUUAAACUGCUGCCUGCCUGUGCAGCAGCUGAGGAGCCGCGGAUUUCAUAUUACAGACCAAAACCCCAGUAACACUACUCAGAAUAAUCCUUCCUGCAGUUGCCAGGCAACAACAAAGAGGAAAGAGAGAGGCAGAAUCUAUUCUUUUCCAGUACAGCCGAAACACGAGAUUCCAGCUCUGCUGCUUUACAUUGCAACCCAGUGCUCUUACUAGAAAUAUGGAUACUGAGAAGAGAACACAGCACUGCAUUGUCCAGCCAGGAAAACAGCAGAUGUAAAGUGCUUCAAUGCAUCAACUGUCGGAAAGAGUCAACAGUGCUCCAAAUACAACGGACAACUACAGCUCUUUUGUUUAACGAAAAAGAAAGAACAGAAAAAUCUCAGAAGACUAGGACCUAUAUAACUCAAAGACACACAGACAGAUGGACACUUUGGAUACUGUGAGAAGCAAUCAGAGAAGGCAGACUGUUGGGGGAUGUGCGCAUGUUCGAUAGCAUCUUUUUUGCUGAAGUGAUGGCGUGCCAAAAGUAUUUCCAAUGGGCAUAAUCCUCUCCACAUAAAUGGCCUGACCAAGAAAGGAUGAUGGUGAGGGACACAACGUGAAUGAAUUAGAAAAUGAUGACCAAAGAACAGUAUUGACUCAGGAGACGACAGGAGUAUUUUUGGCCACUUGUAUAUAUUGUAUCACUACGGAAUAGAAUUAUUUACAACAUGCUUCAGUGGAGGAGAAGACACUGCUGCUUUGCAAAGAUGACCUGGAAUGCUAAGAGGUCUCUGUUCCGGACCCAUCUUAUUGGUGUACUUUCUCUAGUGUUUCUUUUUGCUAUGUUUCUAUUUUUCAAUCAUCAUGACUGGCUGCCAGGGAGGGCUGGAUUCAAAGAAAAUCCUGUGACUUAUACUUUCCGAGGAUUUCGUUCUACAAAAAGUGAGACAAAUCACAGCUCCCUUCGGAACAUUUGGAAAGAAACAGUUCCUCAGACUCUGAGGCCUCAAACAGCAAUUAACUCUAGUAACACAGACCUAUCACCACAAGGAGUUACAGGACUGGAGAACACACUCAGUGCCAACGGAAGUAUUUACAAUGAAAAAGGUACUAGGCAUCCAAAUUCUUACCAUUUCAAGUAUAUUAUCAAUGAGCCUGAAAAAUGCCAGGAUAAAAGUCCAUUUUUAAUAUUACUAAUCGCUGCAGAACCUGGACAAACUGAAGCUAGAAGAGCUAUUCGGAAAACCUGGGGCAAUGAAAGUCUAGCACCUGGCAUCCAAAUCACACGGAUUUUUUUAUUGGGCAUAAGUAUUAAACUAAAUGACUACCUUCAACGUGCAAUACUAAAAGAAAGCAGAAAAUACCAUGAUAUAAUCCAACAGGAAUACUUAGAUACAUAUUAUAAUUUGACCAUUAAAACACUAAUGGGUAUGAACUGGGUGGCAACAUACUGUCCACAUAUUCCUUAUGUUAUGAAAACUGACAGUGACAUGUUUGUCAAUACUGAAUAUUUAAUACACAAGUUACUGAAGCCAGACCUUCCUCCUAGACAUAACUACUUUACAGGAUAUCUAAUGAGAGGAUAUGCACCCAAUCGAAACAAAGAUAGCAAGUGGUACAUGCCACCAGAUCUCUACCCAAGUGAGCGUUACCCUGUCUUCUGCUCUGGAACUGGUUAUGUUUUCUCUGGAGAUCUGGCAGAAAAAAUAUUUAAAGUUUCUUUAGGUAUCCGUCGUUUGCACUUGGAAGAUGUGUACGUAGGGAUCUGUCUUGCCAAGUUGAGAAUUGAUCCUGUGCCCCCUCCCAAUGAGUUUGUGUUCAAUCACUGGCGAGUUUCUUAUUCAAGCUGUAAAUACAGCCACCUAAUUACCUCUCAUCAGUUCCAGCCUAGUGAACUGGUAAGAUACUGGAACCAUUUACAACAGAAUAAGCACAACGCCUGUGCCAACACAGCAAAGGAAAAGACAGGCAAGUACCGUCACCGUAAACUACACUAAAAAAGACUAUUUUUGUUCAAGUGUGCAAUCUGUAAAUAUUGCUAAAAGCAUGUAUAGUUUAAAAAAAACUGAUUACAUCCACAAGACAAGUUUUAGUUAAAGCUCAUCACAUAAUUCCAAAGGUAUUUUUUUAAUUUCUGAAGGUAAUUUUUACAAUAUUAUGACAAAAAAAAUGUAUCCCAAAAAUGCAUUUAAAUACUGUAUGAAGGAUUCUCUGUAUUAACAUGCAAUAAUAAGCAUGCAUACAUAAAUGAUUCAAGUUUUCUGUUAGGGGCCAAUAAAGUGUAUUAGCAUACAUUUUCAACAUAAAUUUUAAGAAAUAGCGACAGUCACAUACAUGACUUUUUAUUUUAGAUUGACUUUUCACUGUAUAAUUAACUGUAAAUAAGACAGUACUAUCAACUAUAAAGAAACUUUGUAAUUGUGCAAAGGACAAACUUUCUGACCUGACUCAAGGGUUCUAGAAAUUUAUACUCCAUGCAAUAAGAUUCAAUGAAGUUGCUCCAUAAACUCACUCAUAAAGUUCAUCAGUGUGGUUCUCCUCUACACAUUUACUUAUAAAAAUAAUUAAGCAUCAUGUUAUUUUAUUAACGUUCAUAUGUGGAGGGAAAUUAUUUUAACAUGUGACAAAUGUGAAAAUUUUUGUGUCUCAGGCUCAAGUUUUUAUAAAAUGGAUUAAUGGUUUCAAAGUAGAAAAGUUUUGUUUCCUUGUUGGUAUUAAGGGACAAGCUAAUGUUUCAAUGAGUUGUGCAAUGAGAUGAAAUACUGCAUUCUUGAAGAGUGCCUCCAUGAACCUUCAGCUAUUCCUGACAUCAAAUCUAUCUGUAAACCUCAAUUAUGUUUCUCUAAUUGCAGGCACUUAAAAGCAUAAAGAUGGUGUGUUGGGAAAAAAAAAAGA